UACAAAGAGAGAAAGAAAUAUGGUCCUUGAUGUGUGAAUAUAAAUCAACCUAUAUUUACAAGAAUCAUAAUUUGUAAAUAAUGGCAAAUUUUACUGACGAUUUAUUUGAUGUUUUCGAAGAAGCGGAUGACAUCUUAGAAAUAAUUCCGACUCCCGUGAAACAAACAUCAAAUGAGAAGGAAACAAAUGCAGAAGACGGAACAAAACGACAACUUGAAAUUGAAUCUGAUGACAUAAUUUCUAAAAAAUUGAAAUUGGAACCAGUUUUAGAAGAUUUGAAUGUAGAAGAUUUGGCACCACGUAUUAAAAUACAUACAAUAGAAACGAUCGAAUCAUCCACACAUGAAGUUGCUGUUCCACCUGACUAUGAAUAUGUACCAUUGGAACGGAAAGUAACCAAACCAGCUAAAGAAUAUAAAUUUCUAUUAGAUCCUUUCCAAAAGGAAGCAAUAUUAUGUAUAGAGAAUAAUCAGUCGGUUCUAGUUUCUGCACACACAUCAGCUGGUAAAACUGUUGUUGCAGAGUAUGCAAUAGCAUGUUCAUUAAGAGACAAACAAAGAGUGAUCUAUACAACUCCUAUAAAAGCACUAAGUAAUCAGAAAUAUAGGGAGUUUUAUGAGGAAUUCAAGGAUGUUGGUUUAGUGACUGGUGAUGUGACGAUUAAUCCAACAGCUAGUGUGCUUAUUAUGACUACUGAAAUUUUAAGAAAUAUGCUGUAUAGAGGAUCAGAGGUAAUGCGCGAAGUUGGUUGGGUAAUUUUUGAUGAAAUUCACUAUAUGCGUGACAAAGAAAGAGGUGUUGUAUGGGAGGAAACAUUAAUAUUAUUACCAGACAAUGUACAUUAUGUAUUUCUUUCUGCAACUAUACCUAAUGCACGACAGUUUGCUGAAUGGGUUGCAGAUUUACAUAAACAACCAUGUCAUGUUGUUUAUACAGAUUAUAGACCAACUCCUCUGCAACAUUAUAUAUUUCCUGUUGGUGGGGAUGGAAUUCAUUUGGUUGUAGAUGAAAUGGGACAAUUUAAAGAAGAAAAUUUUAACAGAGCAAUGGCUUGUUUACAACACGGAGAUGCAGCUAAAGGAGACACUAAAGGUCGUAAAGGUGGUAUUCGACCAACAAAUGCUGGACAAACAAAUAUCUUCAAAAUGGUAAAGAUGAUCAUGGAACGAAAUUUUGCACCUGUAAUUAUAUUUAGCUUCUCAAAAAAAGAUUGUGAAAUUUAUGCAAUGCAAAUGGCUAAAUUGGAUUUAAAUACGUUGGAAGAAAAGAAACUGGUAGAUGAAGUUUUUAAUAAUGCAAUGGACGUACUUAGCGAAGAAGACAGACGUUUGCCGCAGGUUGAAAAUGUAUUACCUCUUUUAAGGCGAGGUAUAGGCAUUCAUCAUGGUGGUCUUUUACCUAUUUUAAAAGAAACGGUAGAGAUAUUAUUUGGAGAAGGAUUGAUAAAAGCACUCUUCGCGACAGAAACUUUUGCAAUGGGAUUGAAUAUGCCAGCACGAACAGUUUUAUUUACAGCAUCACGAAAAUUUGAUGGAAAAGAUUUCCGUUGGAUUACAUCUGGAGAGUACAUACAAAUGUCUGGUAGAGCUGGUAGAAGAGGAUUGGAUGAAAAAGGAAUAGUAAUAUUAAUGAUAGACGAACAAGUUAGUCCAGUUAUUGGAAAGGCAAUCAUACAAGGAAAACCAGAUCCUAUCAAUUCAGCAUUUCAUUUAACUUAUAACAUGGUUUUGAACCUGUUGAGAGUUGAAGAAAUUAAUCCAGAAUAUAUGCUUGAAAGAAGUUUUUAUCAAUUCCAAAAUCAAGCCUCUAUUCCCAAUUUGUACAAUAAGGUAAAAGAAUUGCAAGCUUCGUACAAUGCAGUAACUGUUGACAAAUAUAAUCAUAUAUCUUCCUAUCAUGGCAUACGUGAACAACUUGAACGCCUUAGUACUGAAUUUAGAUCCUUUUUAACAAAACCAGAAUAUUUACUUCCAUUUUUGCAACCAGGAAGAUUGGUAAAAGUAAAAAAUGAAAAUGAAACAUUUGAUUGGGGUAUUAUUGUAAACUUUAAAAAGAAAAACCCUAAAAAUCCAGUAAAAGAGAACACUGUUAUUAUUAUUGAUAUCUUGCUACACAUUUCUAAAGAAUCUACUGAAGGGUGUCCAAUACCAUGUCGUGAUGGGGAAGAAGGUGACAUGGAAGUAGUUCCUGUUUUACAUACACUAAUUUCUCAAAUCAGUUCACUCAGGUUAUAUUACCCGAAAGAUUUAAGGCCUUCUGAUAACAGGAAAAGCGUAUUAAAGACAAUACAAGAAGUCAAGAAGCGAUUUCCGAACGGACCACCAUUACUCAAUCCUACAACAGACAUGCACAUAGAAGAUGAAGGUUUUAAAGAUAUAAUAAAAAAAAUUGAAGUAUUGGAAGAAAAAUUAUAUGUCCAUCCUUUACACAAGGACCCGAAUGUAAAUACUCUGUAUGAACAAUUUCUUCAUAAGGAAGAGUUGGGAAAUCAGUUGAAACAAGCUAAAUUGGAAUUGAAACAAGCUAAAUCGAUACUUCAGAUGGACGAAUUAAAAUGUAGAAAACGCGUAUUACGAAGAAUGGCCUAUUGCACAGCAUCAGAUGUUAUAGAAUUAAAAGGUCGAGUUGCUUGUGAACUUAAUGGGGCUGAUGAAUUGUUGAUGACAGAAAUGAUCUUUAACGGAUUAUUUAAUUCUUUAAACGUGCCUCAAAUGGUAGCGUUAAUCAGUUGCUUCGUUUGCGAUGAUAAAUCGAAUGAAAUGCCUAAAAUCACAGAAGAAUUGAGUGGCCCACUCAGACAAAUGCAAGAUUUAGCUCGAAGAAUAGCAAAAGUAUCUACAGAAGCUAAUUUAGAGUUAGAUGAAGAUACAUACGUAGAAAGAUUUAAACCAUAUUUAAUGGAUGUCGUGUAUGCUUGGUGUAAGGGUGCUAGCUUUUUAAAAAUUUGUAAAAUGACGGACAUAUUUGAAGGUUCAAUUAUACGAUGUAUGCGACGUUUAGAAGAAGUUCUUAGACAAUUAUGUCAAGCAGCAAAAAACAUUGGAAAUACAGAUUUAGAGAAUAAAUUUAGCGAAGCAAUCAAACUUAUAAAACGUGACAUUGUCUUUGCUGCAUCUUUGUAUUUAUAAUAAAAAUUUUUAGGAAAAGUUCCUUUUAUUUAAAAUAUAUUUUUUAUUACAAAUACCAUUUAUAUUUUGUACAAGUUAAACUCCUGUCUCGAUGAAUCUUUAAAUGCUUGUUGCAAACAUGGUAACGACAAACAAAAGGCUACUUUUGUUUGAGGUUUCUCGAAAUGUAAUUUAUUUUUAGGAAUUUAAAAUAUACAAUGCACAUGCAUGGAAAGGAUUUCUUUUUUAUAAUAUAAAACUACAUUUGAUGUACGAAUGAAUAGUACGAAAAGACCAGCAUAAAAAUGUAGUUGCUUAAUAAACAGAACUCAUUCUAACUGAUAA